CUUUGCUUUUUCAUUUAAAGAAAAAAAAGGAAAGAAAAAAAAAAGAGAAGAAAAAAAACAAGCGUAUUAAGGACAACGACUCCGAAUAUUAUCAAAAACAAAAGUCUUUUUUCUUUGAGUUCCUAAGCUCUUUACGGUUUGGCCCCAACGGAAUUUGCAAAAUUUUCCGUUACAAUUUGUAUAUAUACAACCCAACUUCCCUUCUUCACUCCCCAUCCCAUCAUCAUCCUCAAACCCACGCCUUCCUUUUUCUUCUUCACUUCAAAACUCCGGCAGUGUAUCCGGCGGUGUCUCUGGGGGCCUUUUCUCAAUCGGAUGGGGAUGACGCUGCUUCGAAGAGAAUGAGGGAUACUCGGUUCUUCCGAUCAUGUCGAUCUCUUCUUCCUCCGACUGCUUCAUUGACUCUCACUUACUCUGUGACGAGGACUCCUCCGGUAUUUUGUCCGAAGAGUCGCCGGAGUACUUAUCUGACCUUGAAUCGCCUGCCAGCAGUGAGGAUUCUAUCGCCAGUUUCAUAGAGGACGAGAGGCACUUCGUUCCUGGAAUUGAUUAUUUGUCGCGCUUUCAGUCUCAAUCGCUCGAUUCUUCCGCAAGAGCCGACUCUGUUGCAUGGAUUCUCAAGGUUCAAGCAUAUUACGGUUUUCAACCACUGACUGCAUACCUUUCCGUCAACUACUUGGAUCGAUUCCUUUAUUCUCGCCGCUUGCCGGAAACAAAUGGUUGGCCAUUGCAGCUUCUUUCAGUGGCUUGUUUAUCACUUGCAGCUAAAAUGGAGGAACCCAUUGUUCCUUCAUUCGUUGAUCUACAGAUUGAAGGAGCAAAAUAUAUAUUUGAACCUAGAACAAUACAUAGGAUGGAGCUUCUUGUGCUGGCAACUUUGAAUUGGCGGCUCCGAUCCGUAACACCUUUCAGCUUUAUCGGAUUCUUCGCCUACAAAGUUGAUCCCACCGGAACAUUUUCCAGUUUUCUGAACUCACGCUCUACAGAAAUAAUUCUCUCCAAUAUUCGAGACGCUACUUUUCUUGAGUACUGGCCUUCCUGCAUUGCUGCCGCUGCUUUACUUUGUGCGGCAAAUGAAAUACCCAAUUUGACCCUCUUGAAUCCUGAACAUGCCGAGUCUUGGUGCAAUGGACUCAGCAAGGAUAAAAUUGUGGGAUGUUAUCGGUUAAUGCAACCGUUAACAGCAGAGAAUCGUCGGAGAAAGCCGCCGAAAGUGAUACCACAGCUCCGAGUCAGAGUGCGAGCUGGGUUGAGAUACAGUGACUCGUCAUCCUCCUCCUCGUCCUCAUCAAGGUUACCUUUUAAAAGGAGGAAGUUAAAUAAUUGCUUGUGGGUAGAAGAUGACAAAGAAAAUUCCAAGUUUAGAGCAGACGAAUAAAUAUAAAAAGAAAAGAAAGAGAGGGAAAAAAAAAAAAGGAAAAAGGUUUUGAUGGGGUUUCAUUGUGGUGGUGGGUCCAAACUACUUUUACCUUAAAAAGAAUCUUAAUAUAUAAUUUGACAGAGUGAGAGAUAAAGAUGGAGGAAGGAUAAAAGAGAAAUUUCCAAAACCCACUUCAGAAAAAAGAAAUGAAAAUAAAAAAGAGAGAAUUUCUUGGUAUAAUGGGUUUUGCAGAUUCCCAAGGAAACAAGGAGGUUUGGUGGUAGUUGUUGUUGUUGUUGUAGAUAUUAUUUUGGUGUGAGAAAUAAAAUAAAAUAAAAUAGAAAGAAAGAAAGAAAGAAAGAAAGAUUAUUAUUUACAUAUUUAUAUUGUUUUAUUUUA